AUGUCUCCCACAUACUUGCUAGUGUUGUUCCUUGGAGUGGUGGUUCUCACCACCCCAUCUCUUGCUGAUUACCCCAAGCCCCCUCCAAUCAAGAAGCCACCACCGGAGCACAAGCCUCCGGUGGAGAAGCCACCUCCAGAACACAAGUCACCCACAAAACCUCCCAAGGGAGAGAAACCACUCCCAGAACACAAGCCACCAACCCCAAUUGGUAAACCUCCCAAGGGAGAGAAACCACCACAUUAUGGUCACAACCCUGGCCACCCUCCUGUCGAGAGCAAAGAAGACUCGUACAAGCCGCCUCAUAAGAUUGAGCCUCCUUCAGCUCCGAUGAAAAAGCCAGAAGCUCCUGGAAAGAAGCCAUCAACUCCGCCCCACAAGCCACCGCACAAACCUCCAUCUCCCUCCCAUCCCAACUGA